AUUGUUACCAACGUCCCAAUAAAUCUACAGUUAUAGACGACGAGUUAGGCACUGCAUCACGAUGACCAUCGCACUCGGAUCCGACCGCACCAGCACGUCGCCGGCCGACACUUAUACCCCGUACAAGAAGCCUACCCCAGAGUUGGCUUCUAGCUACAGACCCACUCAUCCAGGCUUGCUCAAGGUCGUACUCGAGAAGGGGCAGGGGGACGACGGCGAGGAUACGUAUUCGAGUUAUCUCGUCGCCGAGCAGGACAUUGCACCCCACUCUACCAUCUGCCAAUUGAGGAAUCUGACUUCCGGAGUUAAAGCGUACUCGAGCGUACAAUAUGGGUCGGGAGCGGAUGAUCAUUUCGAGCUCAAUUCGGAUCUACUCUUUAUCAACCAUUCUUGCGAACCCAACGUCUUUUUCGACCUGACCGAACGACCCGCUCGGUCCACGCCUCGUCAGCCUGCCGAUUUCCCUUCUUCCUGGAAACUCAAGACGCUCAGCAAGGGGAUCAAGAAGGGAGAGACGUUGACGUUCUUUUACCCGAGUACCGAGUGGGAUAUGGGAGUUCCCUUUGAUUGCUUGUGCGGGAGCGAGAAAUGUCUCGGCAAGAUCGGUGGGGCAAAGCACGUCAGCUCGGACGUCUUGGACAAGCAGGAGUUUAUCAAUCAGCAUAUCAAGGACUUGAAAGCGCAGGCAUAGGUGUCGUCGAAACGAGGCCUGAUUGUAUACCCAACACAUAGAAGUAGAA